AUGAAAAUUAAUAGCCAAGAUCGGGCAGAUUCAUAUUUUAUUGUAUUUGAUAUAACGUGGCCAUUAUUAUUACUAUUACCAAAGAAAAGCAAAAACAGACGUAGCUUUUCAAAUGUAAUUAUUGCAGAGAAAUCGCUAUCAAAUUACUCAAACAUUACUCACGAUUGCUCACGAUCGUUAACUUAUUUUACUUCUUUUAAACAAUGGAUAUACCCUCACCCUGCCUUGCGCGGGGACUUUUCGGCAUGCAGUCAGUUUAUUGCAUCAUUCCCAGCCAAUGUUAGGUGUAUAUUCUUUGUUGGCCCUUAUACCUUUAACACCUAUGGUUUGAUUAUUGAAUCAGUUGUCCCUCUAUAUACCGAUACUAUCACUAUUGUACUCAACGUAUCUCCUGCUAAAAUUGAAAUACAUGACCUCUAA